CAACGCAACUCUCUCAUUCGUAGGAAUAAAACAUAUAAGUGAAAAGGAGUAUGGAGAAAAUAGAACAUACAACGGUAGCUACAAAUGGCAUAAACAUGCACGUAGCAGCAAUAGGGACAGGCCCAGAAAUCCUCUUCCUUCACGGCUUUCCUGAACUCUGGUACUCAUGGCGACACCAACUCCUGUCUCUGUCCUCCCGUGGCUACCGCUGCAUAGCACCUGACCUUCGCGGCUACGGCGACACUGACGCCCCUGAAUCAUUAACAGGGUACACUGCGCUUCACAUUGUAGGCGACCUGAUCGGGCUCCUCGACUCGAUGGGGAUCGAGCAAGUUUUUUUGGUGGGUCAUGACUGGGGGGCCAUGAUGGCUUGGUAUUUGUGCAUGUUCAGACCUGAUAGAAUUAAGGCGCUGGUCAACACCAGCGUGGCUUACAUGUCCAGGAAUCCACAAGUAAAGAGUCUGGAGUUGUUCAGGACAGUAUACGGUGAUGAUUACUAUGUCUGUCGCUUUCAGGAGCCUGGAGGGGCUGAAGAAGACUUUGCUCAAGUUGAUACUGCAAAAUUGAUUAGAAGUGUAUUUACCUCCCGUGAUCCAAAUCCACCGAUCGUGCCUAAAGAAAUUGGAUUCAGAUCUCUCCCUGAUCCCCCAAGCUUGCCCUCUUGGUUGUCAGAAGAAGAUGUCAAUUACUAUGCUGACAAAUUUAACAAGAAAGGUUUCACCGGAGGAUUGAACUAUUACAGAAACAUCGACCAAAACUGGGAGCUAACUGCACCAUGGGAUGGGUUGCAAAUCAAAGUGCCAGUGAAGUUUGUCAUUGGCGAUUUGGACCUUACCUACCAUUUUCCAGGUAUCAAGGACUAUAUACACAAUGGCGGAUUCAAACAAGUGGUUCCCCUUUUGCAAGAAGUGGUAGUAAUGGAAGGAGUUGCUCACUUUAUCAACCAAGAAAAACCAGAGGAAAUUAGCGAACACAUUUAUGACUUCAUUAAGAAGUUUUAAUCACUAAUAAUAAUUGCCUUUAUAAAAAGAAUGCAUUUCUGGGGGUUCAUGAAUGUUGGGUUGCUCUUCCCCAAUAAGGUCAUUUGAAUCAAUACUGUCAUUUAUGGAAAAUAAAAUCGUUAGAGGAAAUUUCAUCUUAUCUUUUUCUGUUUUUCUUUCGUUUUCCCUUAAGUUUCUCGCUAUCCU